GUCCUAUACCUUAUAAGGUGUUUACAGGUGAAAUAGGAAUCUUGUUGGCACUCCAUGCACUUAAGAACUCACAUGAACUGAGCAAAUGAGAUGGAAACAUGGCAUUAUUAAUUAUACUAAUUACCUGCUUUAUGAUUAUUCUUGCUACUUCACAGCCUUGCCAGACCCCUGAUGACUUUGUGGCUGCCACUUCUCCGGGACAUAUCAUAAUUGGAGGUUUGUUUGCUAUUCAUGAAAAAAUGUUGUCCUCAGAAGACUAUCCCAGACGACCACAAAUCCAGAAGUGUGUUGGCUUUGAAAUAUCAGUCUUUCUUCAAACUCUUGCCAUGAUACACAGCAUUGAGAUGAUCAACAAUUCAACACUAUUAUCUGGAGUCAAACUGGGGUAUGAAAUCUAUGACACUUGUACAGAAGUCACAGUGGCAAUGGCAGCCACUCUGAGGUUUCUUUCUAAAUUCAACUGCUCCAAAGAAACUGUGGAGUUUAAGUGUGACUAUUCCAGCUACAUGCCAAGAGUUAAGGCUGUCAUAGGUUCUGGGUAUUCAGAAAUAACAAUGGCUGUCUCCAGGAUGUUGAAUUUACAGCUCAUGCCACAGGUGGGUUAUGAAUCAACUGCAGAAAUCCUGAGUGACAAAAUUCGCUUUCCUUCAUUUUUACGGACUGUGCCCAGUGACUUCCAUCAAAUUAAAGCAAUGGUUCACCUGAUUCAGAAAUCUGGUUGGAACUGGAUUGGCAUCAUAACUACAGAUGAUGACUAUGGACGAUUGGCUCUUAACACUUUUAUAAUUCAGGCUGAAGCAAAUAACGUGUGCAUAGCCUUCAAAGAGGUUCUUCCAGCCUUUCUUUCAGAUAAUACCAUUGAAGUCAGAAUCAAUCAGACACUGAAGAAAAUCAUUUUAGAAGCCCAGGUUAAUGUCAUUGUGGUAUUUCUGAGGCAAUUCCAUGUUUUUGAUCUCUUCAAUAAAGCCAUUAAAAUGAAUAUAAAUAAGAUGUGGAUUGCUAGUGAUAAUUGGUCAACUGCCACCAAGAUUACCACCAUUCCUAAUGUUAAAAAGAUUGGCAAAGUUGUGGGAUUUACCUUUAGAAGAGGGAAUAUAUCCGCUUUCCAUUCCUUUCUUCAAAAUCUGCACUUGCUUCCCAGUGACAGUAACAAACUCUUACAUGAAUAUGCCAUGCAUUUAUCUGCCUGCACAUAUGCCAAGGACACUGAUUUGAGCCAAUGCAUUUUCAAUCAUUCUCAAAGGACUUUGGCCUACAAGGCUAACAAGGCUAUAGAAAGAAACUUCUUCAUGAGAAAUGACUUCCUCCGGGACUAUGCUGAGCCAGGACUCAUUCAUAGUAUUCAACUUGCAGUGUUUGCCCUUGGUUAUGCCAUUCGGGAUCUGUGUCAAGCUCGUGACUGUCAGAACCCCAACGCUUUUCAACCAUGGGAGUUACUUGGUGUGCUAAAAAAUGUGACAUUCACUGAUGGAGGGAAUUCAUUUCAUUUUGAUGCUCAUGGGGAUUUAAAUACUGGAUAUGAUGUUGUGCUCUGGAAGGAGAUCAAUGGACACAUGACUGUCACCAAGAUGGCAGAAUAUGACCUACAGAAUGAUGUCUUCAUCAUCCCAGAUCAGGAAACAAAAAAUGAGUUCAGGAAUCUUAAGCAAAUUCAAUCUAAAUGCUCCAAGGAAUGCAGUCCUGGGCAAAUGAAGAAAACUACAAGAAGUCAACACAUCUGUUGCUAUGAAUGUGAGAACUGUCCUGAAAAUCACUACAGUAAUCAGACAGAUAUGCCUCACUGCCUUUUAUGCAACAAUGAAACUCACUGGGCCCCUGUUAGGAGCACUGUGUGCUUUGAAAAGGAAGUGGAAUAUCUCAACUGGAAUGACUCCUUGGCCAUCCUGCUCUUGAUCCUCUCCCUACUGGGAAUCAUAUUUGUUCUGGUUGUUGGCAUAAUAUUUACAAGAAACCUGAACACACCUGUUGUGAAAUCAUCCGGGGGAUUAAGAAUUUGCUGUGUGAUCCUUCUCUGUCAUUUCCUCAAUUUUGCCAGCACGAGCUUUUUCAUUGGAGAACCACAAGACUUCACAUGUAAAACCAGGCAGACACUGUUUGGAGUGAGCUUUACUCUCUGCAUCUCCUGCAUUUUGACGAAGUCCCUGAAAAUUUUGCUAGCCUUCAGCUUUGAUCCCAAAUUACAGAAAUUUCUGAAGUGCCUCUAUAAACCAAUCCUUAUUAUCUUCACUUGCACGGGUAUCCAGGUUGUCAUUUGCACACUCUGGUUAAUCUUUGCAGCACCUACUGUAGAGGUGAAUGUCUCCUUGCCCAGAGUCAUCAUCCUGGAGUGUGAGGAGGGAUCCAUACUUGCAUUUGGCACCAUGCUGGGCUACAUUGCCAUCCUAGCCUUCAUUUGCUUCAUAUUUGCUUUCAAAGGCAGGAAAUUACCUGAGAAUUACAAUGAAGCCAAAUUCAUAACAUUUGGCAUGCUCAUUUACUUCAUAGCUUGGAUCACAUUCAUCCCUAUCUAUGCUACCACAUUCGGCAAAUAUGUACCAGCUGUGGAGAUUAUUGUCAUAUUAAUAUCUAACUAUGGAAUCCUGUGUUGCACAUUCUUCCCCAAAUGCUAUGUUAUUAUUUGUAAGCAAGAUAUUAACACCAAGUCUGCCUUUCUCAAGAUGAUCUACAGUUAUUCUUCCCAUAGCGUGAGCAGCAUUGCCGUGAGUCAUGCUUCACUGGACUCCAUGAACGGCAAUGUCACAAUGACCAAUCUCAGCUCUAGUGGCAAGUCUGCAACCUGGCAGAAAAGCAAAGAUCUUCAGGCACAAGCAUUUGCACACACAUGCAGAGAAAAUGCCACAAGUGUAUCUAAAACUUUGCCUCGAAAAAGAAUUUCAAGUAUAUGAAUAAGCCUUAGGAGAUGCCACAUUCCAGAAUAAAAUGUUUCCAGGGUCUUUGCAUCUAAGAUAUGCAUUUACUUUCCCAGCAAAUAUGUCAUAUAUAUUUCCUUGCCACCAUCUUUACCAAGUUUUAGUUGAACAGUCACUCUGUUCAAUCGCCUAUUGAAUUGAGCCUUCAACCUGAAACUCCCUUCAUUUCCUACCUUUCAUUGGUCUCCAUCUUUACCUGCUUCCUCUUAGGCACAUGGUUAAAGACUUCUCUUCUAUUCAAAGUUGUCCCAUAAUGUGUCAUCCUUACUGCAUUCCCAACCACUUCUUUUC